CAGCAUGCUUCCACGUGUGCCCUCGGCUACCACCGCUCCACCCUCUCCGACACCUACCCUGAUAACGCUCCGACAAGCCUUGUCGACAUCGCCUGCUGCGGGUCCCGUGUCCUCCAUGGGCUCUCUUGCAUCGCGCAUGGAUGAGCGAGAUGAGCCCGCGACGCCAGACGGCGACGACGAGGGCACGCACGAGGACCAGAGGACGCCUACGAACGAACAGAUCACAUUUGCGGAGGCCCUGUCUGAGAGCCGGCUGCCUGAUGUGCCGCCCCCGGGCUCCCGCCGCGUACAAGCGCCCAUAAUGAUCACGGCCUCACAUCCCGUCGCAACGGGUGAUGACGACGUCCCUGCAAGCCCUCAAUCCGCCGAGGCACCUAGCUUCCGCACACGCCUCAGUCAGGAUACGCAAGCAAACAAUUCGCGCAGGCGGCGUUGGUCUGUCCUGGGAAAUGUUUUCACGCCCUCGUCGUCCAUGUCAAUGGAGGAACGACGCAGCAUGUCGGCGUCAGUAAUGACCUCCCAGUCUCAGCCUCUCCCAGUGCCGAGUUCGUCAUCUCAACCGCAGCUGCCAUCGCGGAAUAGUACGACCAUCACUUCACCAAUAUCCGCUACUCCCACUGCUGCUGCACCGCCAGAAAUGCGCGCGCGCAGCACGACUCUCCUUUCGCGCUCGCACUCGUCUACAUUCCACCCACCGCCCGCCCAACCG